GGGAGCAGUGAGGGGGAAGGUCGGGAGUUUGGGGCAAAGUUUUCCUCGCCAGUGUCAAGCUGCUUGUUAAUGUCAGGCUGGCCCAGUGGUGGGAUUCAGCCAGUUCGCACCACUUCGGGAGAACCGGUUGUUAACUUUCUGAGCAGUUUGGUGAACUGGUGGUUGGAAGAAAUCAUUAGGGCAGAGAACCGGUUGUUAAAUUAUUUGAAUCCCACCACUGGGCUGGCCGUAACGAAACCAAGGGACUCGGCUCGCUCGCUCCCUAAAUAGAACGUGAUGGAAUUACGAUGGAACUCUGCUGGAAUUACGUUGCUGGUUUGGAUGUGUUACCAAUCACCAACCGAUCCUAAUAUACAGAUGCCAACACCUGCCAGACUUUGGCCGAUAUUGGAAAAUAUGUCAAUAGCUUUGUUGCCCGGUCCAAAACUUGUGGGGAGUUGCGAUCAGCUCACAUAGGUCAAGAGGUCACACUGUGUGGAUGGAUUCAAUAUAAGAGACAUGAACAGUUUGUGGUUUUGAGAGAUUUCCAAGGACUAACACAGAUACUCAUACCUCAGGAUGAGGUAACUCCUGAUUUGGUUAUGGGAAGUCAACAGGAAGUUGCCUCACCUGAUGACUGUGGGAUUCAGCUAACACCACAAUUGGGAUUGCAGGGAUUGCUGUUGCCAAGUGUUGCGAUUGCGCUUUACAACUGUAUCACUGAGCAAUGGAAAUUCUGGUUUCGGUUUCUGUUGUAAGUGGAGGAUUACCUGUAAUGUUCUACCCACAUUGAUUUCGAGUACUACUGAGACGUCUUCCUGGAUUACUGGCUGCUUCCCAUUUGAGGAAGCUCUUUUCUGAUGCUCCAGUUGAGUCUGUUGUGCGAGUGACUGGGAUUGUUAUUCCCCGGCCUCCUGGACAGGCAAACCCUAGGAUGCAAACUGGAGAUAUUGAAAUAAAAGCAGAAACUGCAGAGGUUCUGAACUACUGUAAGAAACUACCAUUUGAAAUAAAAGAUUUCAUCAAGAAAACUGAAGCACUGCGAAUGCAGUAUCGUUAUUUGGACUUAAGAAGUAUUCAGAUGCAGUAUAACCUCCGACUGAGAUCCCAGGUGGUGAUGAGAAUGCGAGAGUAUCUCUGUAAUCAUUAUGAUUUUGUAGAUGUAGAAACACCAACACUAUUUAAGAAAACACCAGGAGGUGCAAAAGAAUUUGUGGUGCCUUCCCGGGAGGCUGGAAAGUUCUACUCACUUCCUCAGAGCCCUCAGCAGUUUAAACAGCUCCUAAUGAUAGGAGGUCUGGACAGAUAUUUCCAAGUUGCCCGCUGUUACCGAGAUGAAGGUUCAAAGCCAGACAGACAGCCUGAAUUCACUCAGAUAGAUAUUGAAAUGUCAUUUGUGGACCAAGAUGGAAUUCUGGCUUUAAUCGAGGGCAUGCUGCAGUAUUCCUGGCCUAAGGAAAAGGGGCUUAUCAAAAUACCCUUCCCUUCAAUCACCUAUGAUGAGGCGCUAUCCACUUAUGGGACUGAUAAACCUGAUACUCGUUUUGGAAUGCAGAUCAUUGAUGUAAGUCACAUUCUCAGGAAUGCAGAUGUUGGCUUUUUGCAGAACUCUCUCAGUGAGCCCUACGCUACAGUGAAAGCCAUUUGCAUUCCCCAGGGAGCGAAAUAUCUACAGUUUAAAGAUUUGGAAUCCUUAAAUGAAUUGUCAAAAUCCCAAUUUAACCAGUUUAUAUCAUGUUUGAUUUUGAAACCUGAUGGCAACAUGAAGUCCGCGCUUGGAAAGUUCCUUAAUGAAGAGCAAAAAACAGAGCUUAUCAGAACAGUUAAGGCCAAUAUGGAGGAUGUGGUGUUGCUUGCUGCUGGCCAACACAAACAGGUGUGCUCUGCAUUAGGAAAGCUACGUUUGAAGAGUGCUGAACUUCUGGAAGCAAAAGGCCUGUUGCUUCGUGACCCUUCUGCCUUUCACUUCCUCUGGGUGGUAGAAUUCCCACUUUUCCUCCCAAAAGAAGAAAACCCUGAAGAAUUAGAAGCUGCUCAUCAUCCUUUCACUGCUCCCCAUCCUUUGGACGAGCAUCUUCUCUACUCAGAUCCCAGACAGGUUAGAGGUCAACAUUAUGAUCUGGUAUUGAAUGGUAAUGAGAUUGGAGGUGGCUCUAUUCGAAUCCAUAAUGCAAAGCAACAGCGUUUCAUACUUGAGACAGUUUUGAAGGAGAAUACUGAGCUGCUUUAUCACCUCCUUGAAGCUCUGGAGUGUGGUGCACCCCCACAUGGAGGAAUUGCACUAGGGCUUGACAGGCUGAUUUGCCUUCUAGUUGGAGGUUCGAGUAUUCGAGAUGUCAUUGCUUUCCCUAAAUCUUUCAAGGGAAGAGAUUUGAUGAGCAAUGCUCCAGAUUAUGUUGACCCGCAAGAACUUGAGCCAUAUCAUGUGCAGGUUACAUGGCCCUUGACAGAAGUUAAAGCAAGGACUAACUGAAAAUUACCUAUUCUUCAGAAAUCUCAGCAAAAAUACUAAAUCUAUCACUAGUGAACAGAUUAUCCAUACUGUUUGUGGGAAAAGUGAACUGUUGAAAGAAUCAAGGGCAUCCUUCAUUAUACCAUGGAAAUUUCAUUUGUGUAUUUGUUCUAAUGGUAAGUAUGGAAUCAUCACAAAUAUGAGGCUUUACUGUAUUUGUAUAUCUGAAGUACAAUAAGUACAAUAAUGUUAUGUUCAAAAGACCGUAUGUCAUAUUACUAUUAUUAUAUAGUGAUAUAGUCAGAUGCAGUCUUGACAUUUUGUUGUGUUGCCUUUAUGUAUAGAGGAUAUUUGAAGUAUCUGUAGAUUCUGCAGGAGAUUGCCCAUGUUGAAAAUGAGGGGGGGCAUCUCCCCGCACCCCAUUUUUGCUAGCAGAGCCACCGCGGGCUGGUCCUUUGCUAUUUCCAGGCCGGUCCCAUGGGACAGAUCUAAGCACUCUGUGGGCCAAAUCCAGCCUACAGGCCUCGAGUUUGACACCCCGAUGUACUGCAAACAUGGAAACAUAAGACAGAAUGAGCUGAAUAAAAACGAGAAUUCCAAAUUAAUUUUGGAACAUGAAGGUAAUCAAAAAUCUCAAAAAUAUAAUAAAAAUAUAAAUUCAUUGUACUAUUAGCAUAAUUACUCAAAGCUAAGUACUAAGUUUGGCUCCAAUAAUAAAAAAUAUUGAUGGUUCUGGGAGAGCAUUCAGUUUUAUUUUAAAAACAGUGGUUAUUUGAUACUUAACUGGGGGAAUUGUUCUUCAGGGUUUUAAAGUAGAAAUAUAGUAUAGCCGUUAUGGUGAACCUAUGGCACAAGUGCCAGAGGUGGAACACAGAGCCCUCUCUGCUGGCACGCGCACCGUUGCUCCAGGUCAGAUCUCCGUGGCAUUUCUUUCAUGAGUUUCUGUUUCCCUGCAAACAACGGAACAGAAGCUCAUGAAAGAAAAAGAUCUUACCUCUUGCUAUGCUGCUGGUGUUGGGAUGCCCCGCCUCCCGCUGGCCAGCUAAUCUUCGGAUCUCUCCUGUGCAUGUACGCAUCCCCGCGCAUGUGCAUGUUCACAUGUGUGUACCUUUCAGUUUGGGCAUGUGCAUGCACAAGUUUGGGCACUCGGUGUCUAAAAGGUUCGCCAUUACUGCAGUAUAGCCAGUUAGGAAGCAUUUUCCCCAAUUCAUUAAACUUGAUCAGAUAGCAAAACUGGCAAAUUCCUCUAAUACAAGUCAGUAUAAAAAAUAAAGGUAGGGAGAAAAAGAAUCAUUUCAACUUACAUAAUUUGUCUUUUGAUAUUUUUUACUUAAAUAAAACUCCCAAUUAUAUCCAGCCAUAAUAUAGAGGCUGUUAUUUCAGAUUGUUAGGUUUGCUUGUUUUUACGUAUUUUUCAAAAAUUCACAUUUGGACAGUUAUCACUUACAUAGUUUUGUUGAACUUCUGCAAUAAACAUUUGUGUUUUCC